CGAAGCCAUUUAAUCACUCUGCCACCAUGCUCCCACCGCUUUCAAACAAGCUGGGCUCGAACCUUCAGUUGCUGGUACCUACCACGAUCACUCCUACGAUCAUGUCGGCUCAAAGAAAUGCGCUGUUGGAGCUCAAAAAGGUCGACGCGAUCCAAGUGCGUUGCGCAGGUAAAGGCAAGAAGGACUGGCUCGUCGUUGAGGUUUUUGCCGACUCAGCAAGUUCGGACCCUGCGAGUGAUGAUUGCGAGGAGGUGCAAGACGACGCGCGCCUACGGAGACCGACCGUCCGGAUCGAACGGACGUUGUUAGAGUUUGUGGCUCUUCGCAACAAAGUGUAUAAUAUCGUUCACGACGCGCAUUACUCCGAGCCUUGCGAGUUUUAGGCUGGUUUCAUGGAUCAGGUCGUGUUCGGAGCGAAUCCCGACGGGUUACUUGUUGGUUUGCUCGGUGGCAAGCGGCUAGCGCGUACAGUGGAGAAAUUCCUGGAUGAAGUACUCUCGCUGAUUGUCCGAAUUGACAGUCGAGGCUGUUGUUCCGGGCAGACCUCUGCUCCCCAAAUCGUGCAUACCUUCCUUUUCAAUGGAGCCAAUGAAGCCGCCUAGACCUCGACAAUAGCUACACAUCUCUGUCCAUGUCGCUAGGCGAAUUGCUUAAUAAAUCGAUCAAUUGCGUUCUCGGCGAGGCUUCACACCUUUAACUAAUCGUUUUUAUACAGUACA